AUGAAAGUGGAAGAGUUAAUUAUUGAUGGUUUCAAAUCAUACGCCACUAGAACGGUGAUUUCCGACUGGGAUCCUCAAUUCAACGCCAUUACUGGUUUAAAUGGAUCUGGUAAAUCUAAUAUUUUAGAUGCUAUUUGUUUCGUCCUAGGGAUCACUUCGAUGACUACAGUGAGGGCUUCAAAUUUACAGGAUUUGAUAUAUAAAAGAGGACAAGCUGGUAUAACGAAGGCAAGUGUCACCAUUGUGUUUGACAAUACUGAUAAGACAAAUUCGCCAAUUGGAUUUAAUAAUUCUGCUAAAAUAUCUGUCACUAGACAAGUUGUCCUAGGUGGUACUUCAAAAUAUUUAAUUAAUGGUCAUAGAGCGCCCCAACAAUCAGUUUUGCAAUUGUUUCAAUCUGUUCAAUUGAAUAUUAAUAAUCCAAAUUUUUUAAUUAUGCAAGGUAAAAUUACAAAAGUGUUAAAUAUGAAACCAAAGGAAAUAUUAUCGUUAAUUGAAGAAGCUGCAGGUACGAAAAUGUUUGAAGAUAGGAGAGAGAAAGCUGAAAGAACAAUGGCUAAGAAGGAAACAAAAUUACAAGAAAAUAGAACUUUACUUCAAGAAGAAAUAGAACCGAAGUUAGAAAAAUUGAGAAAUGAAAAGAGAAUAUUCCUAGAGUUUCAAGUCACUCAAGCUGAUUAUGAGAAAAUAAGUAAAGUUAUAUUUGCAUUUGAUUAUAAAAAUUUGACGAGAAGAUAUGAUUCAUUCCAAAAUUCGUUAAACUCUAAUAAGGCACGAGCAGAAGAACUGAACACAUUGAUACCGAAACUUUCAAAUGAAUUAGAAAGUUUAAAUGAUGAUCUUGGACAAAUAAGAAGUGCAAAACAAGAGGAAGUAGAAAAAAAUGGUAAAAUUUCCAUAUUAGAAGAAAAGGAAAGUAAAAUACUUAAUGAAAUAUCCCGUACUAAAACAUCAUUAUCCAUUUGUAUCCAAGAUUAUGAGGAAAAUAUCAAGGAAUUAGACAAAAUUAAAAGAAAUAUUGAAGAAAAUAAGACCAGUUCACUUCAAAAAAUGGAGAGUUUCAAACUAAUAGAACAAGAGUAUCAGUCCAUCAAUACGAACUUGUUAAAGGAAAAAGAAGCAUGUAAGAAAAAGGAAGAACUACUGUCAACUUUAUUGACAGGUAUCUCCUCAACGGGGGCUACAGAUGGUGGUUAUGAUACUCAAUUGGCCAGUACGAAUGAAAAGUUAAAUGAUGUUGAUGUAGUUAUUAAAAAGUUAACAAUGAAGAUGGAGUUAUUAGAAAGGGAAUUAGCGUCAAAUGAACCAAAAUUAAUUCAAGCCAAAAAGGAUAAAGAAAAAGAUCAACAGUAUAUAAUUGAAUGUGAAAAACUAUGUUCCGAAUUAGAAGAACAAUUAACGAAAGAUGGGUUUGAUCCAGCACUCACCAAAAAAUUAAGAGAGAAGGAGCAUUUCUUACGACAAGAGCUACAUAGACUAAAUAAUGAAGCAGAGAAUUUACGAAGAAGGGUGGCCAAUUUGGAUUUUAAUUAUACAAAACCAUCCCCAGAUUUUGAUACGAGGUCAGUUAAGGGUAUUGCAGCUCAGUUAUUUUCAUUGAAAAGUGAAAGUAUGAAUAGUGCCACAGCUUUACAGGUUUGUGCAGGUGGUAGAUUGUAUAAUGUGGUUGUUGAUAAUGAAAAAACUGCCUCGAGCCUACUAGAAAGAGGAAGACUUCGUAAACGUGUUACAAUAAUCCCAUUGAAUAAAAUUAGUGCGAGAACAUUAAAUGAAAGAAGUUGUACAACUAAGCGAAAAAAAUUAGCCCCAGGCAAAGUCGAAUUAGCGUUGAACUUAAUUGGCUAUGAUGACGAAGUUUCAAAUGCGAUGGAAUUUAUAUUUGGUGGUAGUUUAAUUUGUCAAGAUGCAGAUACAGCUAAGAAGGUUACUUUCCAUCCGCAGAUAAGGACCAGAUCAAUCACUUUAGAAGGUGAUGUAUAUGAUCCAGAAGGUACGUUAUCUGGUGGGAGUAGAAAUAAUUCUAGUUCAUUGUUGUUAGAUAUUCAAAGAUAUAAUGAAUCUAGUCAGAAGUUGCAAAGUACUGAAAAGGAAUUAAACGAAGUAAUAAAUUCAUUAAAACAGCAAGAACUAAAUUCACAGAGGACUAAAGUGAUUCAAAAUGAUUUGAAUCUUGCUCGACAUAAAUUAAGUUUAGCUCAAAGAAGUAUUGGUGCUAAUAAUGCCUCGCAAAUAGCAAAAAAGAAUGAAGAAUUACACCAUGAAAUAAGUGAAUGUCAACAAGGAAUCAUUGACAAUCAACGUUUAAUGAAAACCUUACAAGAAGAUGUUGAAAGGAUUAAAAGAGAUAUGGAUGAGUUUAGUCAUGAUAGAGGUUCAAAACUGAACGAAUUAAAAUUGGAGAUUAACGAUUUGACUGAAAGUAUAAAUAAACAGGAAAAAAUAUCAGAACAUGAAUAUGAAAAAUAUCAAAAUCUUCAAGUUGAAAUAGAACAGUUGAAUUCAGAGAUUAAAUCAGAUGAAGAAUCUUUAAAAGUGACUGAGAUGAAUUUAGAUAAGUUACUAAAGGAUAAAUCCGAAAUUGAAAAGAAUUUCAGUUCACUGGAUAAGUCACUUGUUGACAUACGAGGUGAGUUAGAUGAAGAAAGAAAUAGAUUAUUAGGACUUGAUGAAGAAUUGAAAGAAUUAGAAAAUUUAAUCAAGUUGAAGAUUGAAGCAAAAAAUGGUUAUGAAUUGGAAUAUCAAAAAUUAGCUCAUGAUCUAAGCAAAUCCAAAGCCAACACAGAUAGUAUUCAAAAGAAAAUAGAGGAAUUGAUAAAAGAGCACGACUGGUUACAAGACAAAGACCUUGUAGAGGGCAUUAUUGGUCAAAAUAGUGGUAUCAACCUAGAAGAGCAUAGGGAACGUAGUCGACAAUUAGAAGACAAAUAUCAAGAAAUGAGACGUAAAGUCAACAUUAAUAUCAUGAGCAUGAUUGAAAAUGUGGAGAAGAAAGAGGUAGCAUUACGUACUAUGAUUAGAACCAUCGAAAAGGAUAAGAUAAAGAUUCAAGAGACGAUUAGUAAGUUAAAUGAAUAUAAGAGAGAGGCGUUAAUUAAAACAUGGGAAAAAGUUACCACAGAUUUUGGAGCUAUUUUUUCCGAUUUAUUACCAAAUUCAUUUGCCAAAUUGGUCCCAAGUGAAGGUAAAGAUGUUACAGAAGGGUUAGAGGUUAAGGUCAAACUAGGGACGAUAUGGAAAGAAAGUUUAGUUGAAUUAUCUGGUGGUCAAAGAUCAUUAAUUGCUCUUUCUUUGAUCAUGGCAUUGUUACAAUUUAGACCUGCACCAAUGUAUAUCUUGGAUGAAGUUGAUGCUGCGUUAGAUUUAAGUCAUACUCAAAAUAUUGGUCAUUUGAUUAAGACAAGGUUUAAAGGUUCCCAAUUUAUUGUUGUAUCUUUAAAAGAAGGUAUGUUUUCCAAUGCUAAUCGGGUGUUUAGGACAAGAUUUCAAAAUGGUACCUCUGUUGUAAGUAUAAUGUGA